AUUCAUUUGGACCUGUGACUCCGCUUGCUUCAGUUUCGAUCCAAUCCAAUUCGUGUGCGUGCGAAGAGUCAGCCAGCCACCAGUCUGUCUACAUGCAUUCAGCCACACAGGCAGGCACACAGGCAGGCAGGCAGGCCACUCAUUCACUCACGCACACAUGAACUCUAAAAGGAUGCGGCCGCCACCUGCACAGAGAGCCAAGGCAGACGCAUCAAUCGAUCAGUCAGGCACUAAGCAACUAAGUAGGUAUACGUACGCACCACGACCGCCUCUCACUUCACUCUGCGACACCUCCCUCCCUCCCUCCACCUGCUUCACACAGCCAGCCAUCCGUCCGUCCAUCCAUCCAUUCGUCCGGGCAUCCAUUCAUGUAAAACUUAGAACAUACAAAUAACAACAGAGUGUACACUCAUGCCCACCCAUCCCAGUCCCCCCCAUCCCCGCAGACAGACAGACAGACAGACGCAGCCGUGCCACUAACCCAUCCCCUGCAGACGCCCACACACACACACAGAGGAAACAGAUGGGUGGCUGAUCGCAAUCCCAACUGUCUUGGUCUCCUGCGGUACCUGUCCAGUCUCGGUUGCUGUGUCACUAUGAUUAUUCUCAACCCUGGUGCGGCCCGCCGUUGUGCAGACCAUCAGCUCCUCCGUCGCCCUCCUCCCGCGGCCCCUCGGGCGCUGCUCGCGGGUCCACAUCCACAUCCAUGGGCAGAUCCCGCGCUGAAGCUGCCGGCUGUGGCUGUGGUGGAGGGGGAGGGCGACGGCGAGGAGGGGGCUUGAGAGACACUGUCAUGGUGUUCUUCUGCUGCUUGCGCGGGGGCUUCGGCUUGGGCUUGGGCACCACCACACGGUCGUCCCGCAGGUCUAUCACCUCGGCCCUCGGUGCUAGUCCAGCUCCACCGGCCGUCUGCACACCGCCGCUCUCGCCUGCCGCUGGUGUUGAAGAGAACAGGGGGACCGGUGGCAGCACCGGAGCAGAGACGCCGUUGACUGCUACAGGCUGUGAGGUAGGUGGUGACUGGGGGUGCUGAGAGAGUGGGGUCGUGCCGUCCAUCACGUGGCUGCCGUUCAGCAACGGCUGAGACGACACGUGGCCACCACCCGGCGCCCUUGGCGGCACAGCACGUGCUGGCUCGGCCAGCACCUCCUCCUUGCCGUUCGCAUCCACCUCUGCCGCAGCGCCACCAUCGCCCUUUGGCGCCUCCUCUCCUGCAUGUGUGAAUGUGGGGGCUGGCGCUGCGGGUGCCUGCUUGGGCUUCAUCGGUCGGGUUGGUGGCGGCUCGUAAGGAGCCAGAGUCAUCUCAGGCAGACCGGGACGCACCACGGGCAGCAUCAGAGGCUGCCGAUGGGGUGCAGCGGGGGCCAGUGGCACAGAGGGGUGGAUCGAGGGAAACGGCGGCGGGCGGGGGAUCAUGGGAGGGGGGAAGCCUGACGGCGGGAGUGCUGCGCCAGAUGGCGACUUGGGCGGCGCCAAGGGCCUGUCGGCCGGGGGUGCUGAUAUCGCUAUGAGGCUGGAGCUGGGGGCGGUCUGCCUACGGGCCUCCACAAACAGCGACACGUUCCUCUCCAUCUCCGGAUUGGGCUGUGCCGGCCGCCCAGUCGCAUCGCCACCAUUGGGUGGCCUGGAGUGCCCCAUCGCCCAUGGGUAUGGCCGUGACGGCUGCUGCUGGUUCUUAGCAGGGUACGGGAUUUGUUGAGGGCAGAGGCUGGGGCCGAAGUCCGGCAGCAGGAAGGGAUGCAGACGCUGCUGAACAUCGGCAUUGGCCUCCGGCGGCGGGGGUGCAUCUGGUGCUGUUGGCGGACUGGCCGGCGGCAGCUCCUGCGGUGGAGCGGGCUUGCGAGAGGGGCGGCUCUUGUUGCCUGUGACACACCACACAUGCAGAGAGGUUGACUGAAUGACGUGUUGACGAAUGCGCUGUGCGGAUGGGUAUGGUAUGGAUAGCGGUGUGUGUCCUCUCACUUGCUGCGGGCAGCUGGUCGAGCUGCUCGUCAAUGACGUCCGGUUGGUCGAGCAUCUCCAGCACGCUUGACCGCUUCUUCUCCCGCGACCGCAGCUGCAUCCCCUCACCCCCACCGCCCUCGCCCUCCUGCUCCUUUGCCUCCUUAUCGUCACACGUGAAGGGAUCUGACACAGCACAACACACAGACAGAGAUGGUGCGGUGCAGCCAUCGAUACAAUACACUUCCCUUCAGUGACACCGCUUUCUCACCUUUGCGGGGUCGCUUCGGUCGAGAGGAUCGCCGGCGACUUUUGUCGUCUGCUUCGUCGUCCAGGAAUCGAGCUGGCAAGCGGCGUGCGUCGUCCUUAUGCCGCUCUGUGCGGCGCCUGCGGGGCUUCGGUGGCGACUUGCGGGGGGCCGGCUUGUUCUUGCGCGGGCCACGCUGGUCUAUCUGCAUCGGCACAGGCUCCUCAAGAGCCCUCGCUGCUGCAGACACACAAGAUGACACGAUACCACAUCCAUCAACAAACAGAUGACAUGACCGUCAUGGUUGAUUGAGGUGGGGUAACCGUUGCGCGCUCUCUCCCACCUUUCCACCCGCGUACCCACCUUGUGCGAUGAGCGCCUCCUGCCUUGCCUUCCAGGCCUCGUGCAGUGCGUCGAGCAUGGCGCCCACCCUCACCCCCGCCACCUCGAUCCGAUUGCCGUCCAGGGUGCGGCCGAUGCCGACCGUCUCCAUGGGCCUGAAGGGCUGCAGGGCCUGCUUGAACACGACGAAGCCACCCUCGCGCCACCUGAUGCCGAGCUUGGGGCCGCGCAGGUCGGCGUUGAUGCGGUCGGUGAUGUCCCUGGCCUUCUCGCCGACGGUGGUGCGUGUGCGGGGCGGAAGGGGCGACACAAAGGGAAACCACUGAGACAACUCUGAAGGAGAGAGACGACGGAACGUUCAGCGAUGUCAAGUGUUGUUUGUCGAGAGUGUGGGCGUGUCCAGAUAAGGUGACGUACCUUCUUGUGACAGUUGGCUUCGGUACUCGGCCACUGGGCCCUCCUCUUGCUGCUGCUCCUCUUGCUGCUUGGUCUCCUCUACGGCGUCAUCCUUCUUGUCACCGUCAACUUGAUGUCCAUCCUUCUUGUCACUAUCAGCUUGCCCCUGCCCCUCCGGCCCCUCCUUAUCGCCACUGCCGUCCGCCGUCUGGUCAGCGGCACCCUCGCCCUUGUCCGCAUCCUCACCCCCACCACCCCCACCCUCCUGGGCGGCACCACUGGCAUCCACCAUCUGCUGGUCGGACUCGCCCGCCUCCUUGUCGGCCUGAUUCCCAUCGACCGCCUCGCCGGCCUGGUCUUGGCUCUCCGCGCUGACCUGCUGCUGCUGCUCGGCCUCGCCCAUAUUGGCCUGCCCGUCUGCCGCCCCUUCGACCUCGACCUGCCUGUCUGGCAUCGGUGUGUCUUGGAUGGGCAGCUCGACGUCGCCACCGUCCCACUGGUUGGCCUUGCCCGGUGGCAGGACGGGCAGCCCCUCCGCGGGCAUCCUGACGGGCCUCUUGGUGACCUUGCGGACGGGCGAGAGGACCUCGUGCUCGUCGGCGAGUGAUUCGACCAGCUGUGCGAGUCCGUUGCGCUCCUUGACGGCCUUGGUGAUGGCCUCGUCGAGCUUGCGCUGCGUGGGGGGCUCCACGGGGUAGAUGCGCUUGGAGUGGUGGGUGCGGCCCCACCGGUCGGUGACGUACACCUUGAACGCACGGAGACGGCGGGAAUAGCGGAUGCCCAGACCUGCACAUACAAUUCCAAUGAAGGCACACAAGAGAGAGAGAAGGUACCGUGCCGAUGGGUAGGUACAUCUGUCUCUGCUUGUCUGCUAGCCUAGACGGUGUGCAGGGCAGGACGGACAUACCUGAGUGGAUGGUGAGCCAGGUGACGUCUGAGUGUCGGCACUCGUCGAUGCGGCAGGCGGCCUCGAGGAAGAGGGCGUUGUCGUCGAGGCGUUUGUCGCGGUCGUCAGGCACGAAGGACCUCUGCAACUCCUCGUCAAGACGCCGCUGGUCUGCUCGCCCACCCCACCCACACGGACACACCAACGGCAAGAGAUAUGCACUCCGGGAUCGCAUCGCUCAGCGCAUGUGUGUGUGGUCCGGUGGUCAGGUAAGGUACCUCUGUCCGAGAGUAUGACGGCCCUCAUCUCUCCAUCCAGAUCAACGCGCCGCACGUUGGGCUUCUCCCCCUCAUCCGCACCCACACCCACACCCACACCCGCACCAAUCUGACCCUCGUCUACAUCCAUCUUGGCCAAACCAGACACAGACCCCUCCCCACCACCACUUCCGUCAACACUUCCUGCCGCAGCAACAGCAGCAGGUGAUGCUAGAGCAGCAGCUGCUGCUGGCUCUGCCGCCACCGCCAUCUCCUCUCCCUCUCGCUGACCCUCCGCCUCUGGCACUUCCUUCUUGUCCGCGGCGGCCGCCUGCUGCUGCUGCUGCUGCUGCGCCGCCUUCUUCUUCUGCUGCUUGCGUGCGAGUGUGCGGAGGAACUUCUGGUCCGCGGCCUGCACAGCGCGGUACUUGUCGCGGAGCUUGAGGAUGGAGUAGAGGGCGACCUUGAGGGAGGCGAUGGUGUCGGAGCGGGGCCGUAUCUUGUGGAGGAUCUUGGGGCUGCGGUGGCCCCGCACCAAGACGUACUGCAGCUGGUCCUCGUGCCACACCACACGGAGCUGGUUCUCGCGAGAGAGAUGGUGGGAGGAGGUGACGGUGACGUCGAACCGACGCCGGAGGGACCCUUCAUCGUCCUCCUCGCGGAGGGCCACACGCCGCUUGGCCUCGCGCAGGAUGACACGGGCGCACUUGCUCAGCAACGGCGGGUCCAACAUGCGCACCUCCUCUGGUCGACCGACACGAAGGAAGGACACGGGGGGAAGUGAGAAGCUAGCUUGUUUGUGUGCUGUGCUGUGUUCGUUUCUUUGCCCAUCCCUGUGUGGCGUGCGGUGCGUACCGUCUUCGCUCUCGUCGGCACUUUCGUCGCCCUCGUUGGCGGCGUCCUUCUUGCUACCCCACACAAACGCUGCACACAGACACAGACCCGCACCCAUCAGAUCAGAUCGUCACUGUCCCAUCUCGCCCUCCCUCCCUCCCUCCCUCCCUCGUGUGUCUUACGUGUCCGUCUGGUUGAAUUCUCGUCAUCGCUAUCCCUGAUCUCGAUGCGCAGGUCGCCCUCCAUGCCGAAGGGCGCCGGCUGCACCUCCUUGCUGCCUGCGCCCCUUUGGCCCUUCCAUGCAUCGCUACGGCACGCCCCCAACGCCAGAGGCUCAGAGGGAUGGUACUCGGCCGGCAGAGAGGCAGAUGGGGGCUCGGCGGCCUCGACCCAAGACGAUGACGCCGCCGCUGCGGCAGCGGACUGCUCACAUGAGCCUGAGGAAGGAAAGGACACUAAAUAGAGAUGCGAUUACAUUCACUUAUUCAUGUGUGUGGGUCUCCUUGUUGCCUCGCAUCUCUCACCGGCAGCAGCAGCAGCAGCAGGAGCGUCUUUGUCCUCCUUGCGCUGCUUGUCCCCUCCCCGUUCCUUGGCGCUGGCAGCACUCCUGGCCUUCUUGGACGCACGGCCGUCCGAACCGCUGCACGACGGGACCCCGCCCUCCCCGCUGGGCUCCAACCCGCCCUCAGCCUGGGUCUGGGGGGGUGCGGUGGCGGCGGGCGGCGACUGUGACGGUGAGGGCUCGUGUGGUCGUUUGGCGGCGCCAUUCUUCUUGCCGCCCUUCUUUUUCUUGCCCUCGGGGAUGAAGCGCUGCGAUGGGUCGUCGGCGUCGAAGUCGGGGCUCCAUGGGGGGAUGAUGGGCCAGCUGUUGUCGUCGCCCUUGGAGAAGAACCAGUGGUCGGCCUUCUCACAGUACGACCACCUGCACCACAGCACACACACAACACACACCACGAGACGAGAGCCUUCCAGCAUUCAUUCACCCAUGUGUGGAUCGGCUGUGCUGUGCCCAUCCCAUCAGUCCUGACUGUCUCUGCUGCCCACCCCACCUGAGCUGCUCCCCCUCUUUGAUGGUUUUGACGGGCGUGAUGGCACAGCAGUAGUCCCCCUGCACGCUAUUCGCCACCUCGUCCGGCAAAUACAGGUGUCUGGGCACCCACACCCUCGCGCAGUUGGCCCUGGGCACCCACUCGGGCGCACUGGCGUCGGUGGUGCCGUGGUUGAUGGACACGGCAGGCAGCCAGAUGCGCGAGCAGAUGCUGUCGCCGAACAGCACCGACUUGGUCCCCGCCCCCGCCCUCGCCCCGGCGGCUUUGUCCUGCCUGUCCCUGUCCUGCUCCUCCUGGCCGAAUGUGGGCUUGUGUGAGGGCUUGCUGGAGCCGUCGCGGUGUCCGGAGCCGUUCCACACGAGGCUGAGGUGUCCCAGCCAGUCGAGGUUGGCGAUCUCGGCGCUGCAUGGGAUGGACAUGCUGAAGCACUUGUCCCGCUCGGCCUUGAGGUCCGACUCGAGCUGGAUCUUGCCCCCAUACGGCAGCAGGAGGCCCUGGAGCAUCCUGCUGCGGAUGUCCUCGGUGUAGUGGGCCGAGCUGCUGUUGGGGACGGGCCAGCCCAGGAGGUCCCGCCGCGCGACGAUCUUCUUCUCCUUGCUCUGGACGGUGUGAGGGGGGUAGGGCCGGGUGCCCGGCUCCAGCUGCCAGAUGUGGCCGUGCAUGCGCUGGUAGUUCCAGUUGAAGAUCUGCUCGUCGGUCUCGAGACGCACGGCGCGGUAGGACGGCAGCAGACACCGAUCCAGCAGGAACGAGAGGGACAGGUAGGCCUCGGCCUGGGUGCGCAGCAAAAUGGUCGACUUGAACAGGUCAUGGUCCUCAUCCAAACCUAUGUAUGCAAGAGAGAGCCACACACCGAAGGAAGGGAAAGGUGCAGUGCAUGGGAUGUGUGAGCUGAGGUGUCUGUCCCCGUGUAUGUGUGUGUGUGUGUGUGUGUGCGGUUGCUUUGCUUACCGACGGGUAUCAUUUCAUCGUCGACCUCUACGUUGACCUGGUUCUCCCGCCUCUUCCUCAGCUGGAACCGGUGCCCCUCGCCAUGAAGCUCCUGCCACUUCCACGUGGGACUAUAUCCCGACCCGCUGCCCUCACCACCACCCUUCUGCCCACCCUCUACCUCAGACGCCGGUGGCACUCCUGAAUCCCCUCCUCCAGAUGCAGCCGCUGCAGCCGCAGCCGCAGCCGCAGCCGCAGCCGCUGCUGGUGCUGGUGCGGCUGCGGCUGCCUCUGGUGCUGCCUCCUCUACUAGUGGUGGUGGUUGUGCAGAUGCAUCUGCGCCAUCCUCCAUCAUGGCACGCUCCUCGCCCUCGUGCUGUUCCUGCUCAGGUUGGUCUUGGUCUUGGGGUGGCAAGGCCGCUGAGCUGCCGGCUGCAUCUGCAUCGGACGACGCCUGUGCUCGCGAGGGGAUGGGGAGGGGGGGCGCCGACUGCUGCGGCUGCGGAGCGGACUCCUCCGCGUCACCAUCGCCGCCGGGACACAUUGCGUCCGCCAAGGAGCCUAGUAGUCAGCCGGUAGGUCACCUGGGCAGGUUAUGGCUGGUAUGCGUUUGAACAGCAGGACUUCCUAUGCUGCGAUGGCGCCAUGAGCGGUUUCACGGAAUGUUCAAAGGCGGCCGAUAAGCAAUCCCGACGAACGACAGGCAACAGGAAUCACCCACGCACCCGUAGGGAUAGGUGUUGGUCUGCCCCUC